AUGCAGACAAAUACUUUCUUUCUGAAGACCAUUCCAUGGCUUCUCACACUACUUAACUCUAUCCAACUCAUUACUGCUGACCUCUCAUCGAGGGACUCAAACCACCACACUUCUCCAAGUCGCUAUGUUUUUGCACAUUUCAUGGUCGGCAUUGUAAGCAACCGAGCCAGCGCCACCGAUUAUGACAGAGAUAUGCAACUCGCCCGUCGUGCCGGAAUCGACGCAUUUGCACUGAAUAUCGGCGCCGACGCAUUUACAGAUACACAGCUCGAUUAUGCCUAUGCUUCCGCAGCUACAAACCACAUGAAAGUCUUUUUGUCCUUCGAUUUCAAUUCUUGGGACCCGGCAGAAUCAUCAGCAGUAGGGGCAAAAAUAGCAAAAUAUGCUAAUCAGACUGCUCAAUUGUCUGUGGAUGACAAAGUCUUUGUUUCGACAUUCAUAGGCGAUGCUCUCAAUGUCGCAGAUGUGCGUGCGAAAGCUGGAGUUCCUAUCUUUUUCGCACCGAACUUUAGCCCUGAGUCAUCUAAUUUUAAGGAGCUGGAUGCCGCGUUUAAUUGGAUGGGUUGGCCUAAUAAUGGUGCGAACAAAGCGCCAUCAUCUUCUUCGAAUCUCACUGUUCGUGAUGGUGAUGUGGCUUACAUGAAUGCGUUGGCGGGGAAAGAUUACAUUGCGCCUGUUAGUCCGUGGUUCUUUACGCAUUAUGGACCCGAGGUGUCGUAUAGUAAGAAUUGGGUGUUUCCGGCAGAGGGACAGUGGGUCCAAAGGUGGCAGGAUUUGUUGGGGCUGGGAGCGAGAUUUGUAGAAAUUGUCAGUUGGAAUGAUUACGGCGAAAGUCAUUAUGUGGGACCGCUGCCUCAUGGAGCAUGGCUAACCCUUGCCACCCCAUUCAUCCGUGCUUUCCACGCCGGCGCCACCUCCCCUUCCAAGUAUAUCAAACACGAUCUCAUAGUCUACUGGUAUCGUCCCAACCCUCUCUCUCUCAAAUGUGACGCCACAGAUACAACUAUGCUCGCUGCAUCCAACUCAUCCGGCGAUUAUUUCAACGGCAAACCCAACGGCUGGGAAACCGAAACCGACAGUAUCUUCGUAACCGCCUUUCUCAAAUCUCCCGGCAACGUCACCGUGGUAUCCGGAAGCGGCGCCUUCCAAUUCAACGCAGCACAAGGUGUGAAUAUCUUUACCGUUCCCAUGAGAGUCGGAAGCCAAAUCUUCGGACUCUGGAGAAAAGGAAAAAUAGUGCUCCAAGAAACGAGUCCCAGAAAUGUAACAGAGAUAUGUGCGUGUGGAAACUAUAAUUUCAAUGCGUAUUUAGGACGUGUUCCUGCGUCGAGAGGAAAUGAUCAGUUGCCGUCUGCGGGAACGGCGUUGUUGACGAAGGGGAUUAGAGUCCCUGCUGAUCAGUGUGUGGCUGUUACUGGAAAGGUGGAGGAAAUUGCGGAGGAUGUGGAUGGGAGUGUGAGUCUUUCGGAAAGUACGAGUGAGAGCUCUACUAGUAGUGAGAGUGAGAGUGAGAGUUCUAGUAGCACGAAUCAAAAAAGAUCGUGGAGAUUGCCGAAUCGGUGGGAGUGGAUUAGGGGGUGGAGGGAUUUCGUGGAUUUGGGUUGA